UGUCCGUAGUUACACUUUCGUUAGUUUAGCCCCCGAGUCGCGGACUUGUAAGCUAACGCUAACUAGCCUGUUGCUAGCUCAUGGCUAACGCUACUGAAGUUAGUUAGCAGGAUAUAUUGCACUGCAGCAGUGCUUAACGUUAGGCUUUACAGUUAGUCAAGUUCAGAAUAAACCCUGAAUUAAUCUUAAAUUGGGCUUGUUGAAUAGUUUUACACCUGUCGAAGCUGACUGUAAGAGCUAAAGUGUUAGCCAGCUAACUGCGCUAGCAUUAGAACCAUUUUAAAGUGUUAAAGGCAGCGUUAAACUGCACAAUCUUUGUCUUCUACAGGACAGACGUCUGUUCUGAUCACUGGUACAUUUUGCUAACAUCGAUGUUAGCAACUAGCCUUUUGGCGUAAAUGCUGUUUAUUAGAAUGGACCUGUUGAAUUCUCAGUUCCUGGACAAAAUGAACAAUAACAUUGGGAGACUACACUUUGAAGAUGAAUUCAGGAUGCCUUCAUUGCCUACUGCUGUGACCAAUAUAACUGGGCCUCCUCCAAACUGCCCAAGUAAACGGAAGUAUGGAGAAGAUCAAGUGGCCCAAGACCAAUUCAACUGUGACGAUGACCACAUGAACAAAAUGAGCAGAUUGUUUGGUACUCAACUGACCCAACCAUCUGCUGGAGACAGUGAGCACUGGAGCAUCAUCCACAGUCCUAUGGAGCACAUUAGUUCCUCCUCCAAUGGUAUCCAUGGGAACCACCUGUAUUCCUCCAUCUCUGGCUUUGCUGUUGACCAGCCUCUGGCCUUGACUAAAACCAGCUUGGACUUGGGAGCGGGCGUCAGAAGCUCUGUGGACCGACAGCAAAAUCGGCCAUCAGUUAUCACCUGUGCCCCUGCAAACAACCGCAAUUGUAACCUCUUGCACUGCCACAUGAAUGGCUGCUCUCCUGGCACACCAGCUGAUCAGACGAAGGCCAACGCUAACAUGGUAUGUGAUCCUGUGAUUGAGGAACAUUUCCGUCGCAGCCUCGGCGAAAACUACAAAGAGUCAGAGCCGGUCUCCAACUUGGUUUCCAUUACCGGCUCAGUGGAUGACCACUUUGCGAAGGCGCUGGGAGACGCCUGGCUUCAAAUCAAAGCCAAAGGUGGAGGUCCUCCAACCACAGAGGCAGAUCAGUUAAGCAGAGGAGUGUAAACAUUACAAUCACUUCUGUCGCGUUUGAAUACGAGUGGAGUUCGCCUGUUUGGUCUUACAAGCAUCAACUUCUUAAGAACAAUGUAUGACACAUGGUGCUCACAUGGACUGUUCACAUGUGCACCCGGAGUUCAACAUUUGAGCUAUAAAACAUAUCCAAAGUCUUUCCAUAAAAAAGAAGAAACACUAUAUUUUGGUCAAAUAAUUUUUAAUGCACAUCCAUAGAAGCUUCACAAUGUGGUGAAGAGCUGACGUCCUUUGGUAGCUGCCUUUCACCUUGAUAACCAAAGAAUUGUCAUAUUUCUGUCAGUGUCCACGCCAUAGAUCAGGUCUUUGUUCUCUGCUAAUGCUGUCAGUGUUUUGAUUCUGAAAUGACAGUGCUUUAACUCUAUAUUACUUGAAAAGGACAGCCAGGUCUGAUUUGCACUGUUGCAUUUCUGAUUUUGUUGGUGGCAGUUUACUGGUUUCACUUAGAACCAGUGUGAUGAACAAAUACAUGUUAUGAAAUUGUGAUAACGCAAUCAUGGCUCUGGACCCCACUGCUUUUUGAAGACCGUCUGUCUCCUUUUGAUGAAUCUGAGCUGCCCAUUUUUGAGAAAAUUGUAGUUUUCAUUUUCUUUGAAGCCUAAUGCGUAGUUGACUUAAUUUUUUGAGGACUGAAGGUACCUUUCUAAGAAAACGGCUGGUUUCUGUUACAACUGUUAGUCCGCAGUAUACUUUAUAUUCACUCAGAUUCUUUUUUUUUUUUUUUUUAAAUCCAUAAUUUUCAGAAAUACUCACUGCUGGCACAGUUGUACUCACUAUAUAUAUUUUUUGUAUUUGAUAUUCUUUACUGUAUUUAGGUCGAUGUCCAAGCAUCCAGCUACAAAUUACAGCCUCUGGAAAGGCUGUCUGCUGACAGUAUGUUAGGUUUUCUUACUCUGUGGAAGCUGGAUGCCUUUAACUUGAGACACGACUGAUCUUGUGUAGCAGUGGCUUUAUUUAUUCUCAACAUGUCAGUAUUUUCAUGUUGACUUUUAGCUAAAUGCAGUGAUGCGUUCUCUCCACUCCACCGUUGUGAAAACAGCUGAUUUAUUUUGAUUUUACUGCAGCUGCAGUGUUCUCUGUAAUCCAAUAGUAUAGGCCAUCAACAUUCCAUUGUGACUGCCUUAUGGUCGCUGAGCAAAUUGUUACAAUAUUAUAAUCAUUAUUUUUUUGCAUUUAAAAAAAAAUCUUUUUGAUAUUAUGGUGUGAACUGCAGAAAUCCUCAGUAUUCUAGAGAAAAUGUCAGCAAGUGACUUCAUUUAAUUUUUCAUCUUUGUGAAAUUGUAGACUUGCGAAAGCAUGACUUUGUGUUAACACUGAUAACAUGGUGUUUUUUUUUUUAAAUAAGUCAGUUAAUGAUCUGUGAAAAUGCUAUUUCUAAUGUUCUACGUGUUAAAUUAGUUUUACAUUCUCUCCUAUCUUUAUAUAGUAUGUUACUAAUAAGACUGUCAUUGCGCCGUGCGGAAUGAUCAUAAAGGUUUUGGAAAGCAGUCUACUUGUAUGUAGUGUGGAUGUAUAUUAUUUUACCUUGCAGUUUAUCCUUAAUCUGAUUUUCACAUUUGACAUAUGAAUAGUUAGUGCAGGGACACGACAGUCUUUCUCGGUGCGCUAUCAGAAAGACAUAAUGCUAACGGUUUAUAAAGAGUUUAUGUGUGUGCCACAGUGGAUUUUAGGGAUUUUGAGCAGAAUUGCUUGUUUGACACAAGUAGAGUUUUCUCCCAGUAAUAUGUUUGAGUUGUAAUACCUUUAAAAUAA